AUGACCAUCCUCGUUACCGGCGGAACUGGCAACAUAGGCAGUGCCCUUGCACGUCUUCUCCAAGCUGCCAACUACUCGCUCAUAGUUGCCUCUCCCCCAAUCAGUGGUGACGCUCUCGAGCAGACGAAACCAUUCUUCAAGGUCGCGAUCGGGCGAGGCGUCAAACGCUUCGUCCUCAUUACCGCUACGCAAGCGGAGAAGGGGGAUAAUUCCCAGUAUGGGAAGGUGCACGAGCACCUGGCGAAUCUUGGCGUCGAGUACACCGUCUUGCGUCCGACAUGGUUUAUCGUCACUGGGAAAGGUCGCAUCCCCUUCGUUAGCGUCCAGGAUAUCGCCAAAGCCGCUUUCGAUGCCCUCACGGCUGAGAAGAGUGCUAACACCGACUACUUCGUUAUCGGCCCGGAAUUGUGGUCCUACGACGAUGUCAGUACACGCAUCUCUUUCUUGGUUAUCCUUCCGGAAGUUACUGAUGAGACCACCUUUACACAGGUUGCUGCUGCUCUAAGAGAGAUCACUGGUCGAAAAAUUGUCCACAGGCUUAUCUCACUCGAAGAGCAGCUCGCCUCGUUCAAGUUAUGGAUGGAUGAAGAAUACGCGAUCGAAUUGAACACAUACGAGGGGCGAAUCGCGAGUGGGAUUGAGGAGAAGAACGUCGGGCACCCUAAGGCGAUCCCUGGGAAACGAAAGUCGAGGGAUUACUUGGAGGCUAAUAAGGAGUUGUGGACAAAGGCCUAA